AUGGAGAAGAACAAUGUAACCACUUUAACUCUGAUCCACCUCUUAGGAUUUCAGAUUGCGCACAAUCUAACGUUUUUCAUCUUUAUUCUUCUCCUCAUAAUUUAUUGUGUGACAAUAUGUGGAAACCUCCUGAUCAUCACGCUGGUGUCCCACAGCAAAACCCUGCAUUCCCCCAUGUACUUCUUCCUCUCCCAGCUGUCCAUAUCAGAUAUCCUUCUGGCAACUGACAUUCUUCCUAACACGCUCCGUGUUGUUCUGAUGAAGGAGACAAUAAUAUCAUUUACUGAAUGCAUCACGCAGUAUUUUUUCUUUGCUCUCCCAGAAACUUUGCAGUGUCUUCUUCUGACAGUCAUGUGUUAUGACAGAUACUUGGCCAUCUGUAAACCAUUGCAUUAUAACCUAACAAUGAACUUUGAGUUCUGCUGCAAAAUGGUCAUCGCGUGUUGGGUUUUAUGUGUUGCUGUAGUAUUGACUCACACUUUACCAAUAUCACAGCUAAAAUUCUGUGGUCCUAAUGUAAUGGAUCAUUUUUUCUGUGAUCUUGAUCCAAUCCUAAAACUCUCCUGUUCUGACACAACCAUUGUUCAACUUGAAGUGACAUUGCUGAGUUUUUUACUUGUUGUUAUCCCUUUCUUUAUUAUUAUUGUAUCAUACGUUUAUAUAUUGAUUACCAUUUUUAAAAUCCAGUCAGUUACUAGCAGGCAAAAGGUUUUCUCAACGUGCAGUUCCCACCUGACUGUUGUUUGCAUUUAUUAUGGUACUCUUGUUUUUGUUUACCUAAUACCUCGUAGUGGACAGUCAUGGAAUAUCAUGAAAUUCCUGUCAUUGCUGUACACUGUAGCCACCCCUCUGAUGAAUCCAAUUAUAUACAGUCUGAGAAAUAGGGACUUGAAAAGGGCUCUAGAUAAAAUUAUUAACCACUGUUUGCACUUGCUUUUCAGUAAGUAA